ACAUCUCAUGCCUCUGGGCUAUGGUUGAGAGCCAGGCCUUCAAGAAUGUCCUGGUGGACGAGAUGGAUAUGAUGCUGUCCCAUGCAGCCACCCUCAUCCAAGCCAACUGGAGGGGCUGCCGGCUCUGGCAGAAGCUGAUCUCUUGGAUGAUGGCAGCAAAGGCCAACCAGGAGGUCUGGUGACGCUUCAGCACCAUGCACCUUCUUCAGUCUGACAAGGUAGUAGAGAAAAAAGUGACUGUGGAAGAGGGACACAUCCCUUACCACCCCCUACCGCAGGUGCGACUCCAACAUCUGAAAGAGGGCAUCUUUUCUGAACCAGCCCAUAAUAGCAAGGAGACCCAGGUCCCUUCCUCUGACAGCCUGGAUGCCAGUCCUGGCCCGCUGGCCCUGCUGCAGACCCAGGGCACUCCACAGCCCAGUAUGCAGACUCCUUGUGCUGCCGGAGGCCCCUUCCUACUCUUCAACCACAGCCCAGAGGCACUUCCGUAUCCAGUGAGUCUAGAUGCAAAGUGCCAUCCGUGUGUGCUGAUGAGAACCGUCAUAAGUUCCUGCCCUGUCCAUGGAGAAGGGGUCCUGGUGAAGAGCAAGCAAGCAUCUGCUAGAGUCAGCAAGGCAGAUGCCUCAGGGCUGCCACGGGCAAGACUCCAUGCAAGAUGUGCCCAGUACCUUCCAUGGUUGAGACUGUCUCAGAUGCGUCUGGUGGCCCAGAUGACCAAGACCGCACUACAGACGUGUCCAGCAGCCUCCAUGGCCAAGAUCCCAUCCCAGACGCUCCCAGGGGCCUCAGCAACCAAGACACACCUGGCAGCCAUGGUCAACAAGACUCCGGCCCAGUUUCGCUUCGUGGCUGCCAUCCAGACCCUCCGCCUGUCCACUCCUGCAGCCAGGAAUCUGAAGGCUCCAGCGGUGGCUGCUGGAAUUCCCUGCACCACACCACACACAUAUCUGAAUGGCCCAAAGCCCAAGGCGCGGGGAGCUCCAACUGUCUGCAUCCCUGCUCCGGGCACAUCUGGGCACAUGUCUAGCCACAGUCUGCCCCAGGAACAACUGGGCAUAUGCUUGAGCACCUCACCACAGGGGCAGCUGCUGCCUAAGCUGACUGCUGCCCUGCCAAAGACACCUCUGGGCACGCAUCUGUCUAAGGCCCCAUCCCAGGCAGAUUCACCCAUGAAACUGUCUAGUGCUUUCUCCCAGGGACAUCCACCUGCCAAGCUCACCACAACCCUGAGCCAGUCACACUUGGACAAAUGUCUGUCCAACAUCCUGUUGCAGGCACAUCUGCCUGCCGGGCUGACCAAGGCGCAGUCCCAGGCCCAGCUUGCCUCACAAAUAGCCACGUGCCUCUAUGCAGCUCACCAGGUCACCGAGCUCAGCUAUAAGACCCAGUCCCAGCCACUCCUGGUGGGGGUUCAAGGCAUCCACCCCGACCUGCCAGCACAUUGGCACCCUCGGCACUCUGCCCUGAGUGGAUCCGGAGGACAGACUGACCCAGCUCCCGCCUCACACCUAUGCACAGGGCCAAAUUGCUCAGGGCCCGUGCCAGGGGCCUCGGAGACUCAGAGCACGUGGGUGCCUCCAGUGGUGUCUGUUGGACAUACCAAACUCAAUGCCAAAUUCUGGGGUGACCCUGGGGCCACCCGGGUGCAGCCAUUGACAGCUAGCCCUGCCAUACCCCGCCAGGAGGAGCUGGCAGCCUCCCAGCUUGCCUCUCUGUGUGCUGAACUAGCCUCUGAGCUGGGCAUCCAGGAGGACCUCUGUGCCCUGCUGGCGAAAGCCCUCUCCCAGGGCCAGUAUUUGGCAGCCCUGAACCAGGCCCUGUCCAAGAAAGUCCUGGGUGCCGUAGUGGUCAAGGCCCUGGCCCAGGGCAUGCUGGGCACAGCACUGAUGAAGGUGCUAUCUUGGGAGGAGAUGGGCAUGGCCCUAUCCUGUAACCCAUCCCCGAGUGAACUGCAGGCUGAACUCACUAAGGCCAAGCAGGGCAAAUUGACAGACAUGCUCAGCAAGGCCCUGGAGGAGGAGGAGUGGGCCGCACUGAGCCAGGCUCUGUCAGGUGAGCUGGGCGCUGGCCUGAGCCAGUCUUUGUCUCAGGCAGGCUCGAGGUCAGGAGCUGUCUUCCCCAAGGCUGCCUCAAAAAUGGCGGGAAGCUGGAUGACUGUGAGGUCAGCCCCAGUGGGGGAGGACUGCAGCGGAAGCCCAUCGGCUGCACGGAGGCCCACCGUGGGACCUGGAAGACAGCAGCCUAGCAAGGUCAGGGUUCGCCAGGAUGGGGCCUGGGAUGGCUUUGUCACAGGCUGGCCACCUGGUUUCUUGGAGGAGAUGGGGGAUGGGCCCAUACUUUGGGGGUCACUCUGCUCAUCAGUGGUAUCUGUGGGUGCCUCCUUGACCAGCAGGGUGAUCACAACCUUUCAACAGCGUCCCCUGAUCGCUGUCCUAGAGCCUACUUUGUUCUGCCUGGCUGAGGAGGCUCAUGCCAUACCCAUUCCUAGGCUGCACCCAGCAGGUCAGAGGGGGUCUCUGGGCUUUGAGUCUUCACUGAGUGGUUCCCAGCAGCCGCUUUUUAGCUGGGAGUCACUGCUGGGGUCUCAGGAUUUCCUGCGUGCUGUGGUUUCUGUAGACAGUUACAGGCCACCCCUGACUCCCACUGUACAACAGGGUCUUUCAAAUGCUGGCAGCCGAGCCUGGAACUCUGAAGUCCCCAGGGUAGCAGCAGGGCCCAUGAACAGCACUGUGGCCCCCCGGGGGGCAUGGGAGCCCACCAGGGUCACUGAGACACCGGACGCCGUGGGCAGCAGGACAGCGGUGGAUCCCAGACAGUCGAGAAAGCUGGGGGCAUCGAUAUUGAUACAGGCUGUGGAGAGGAUAACCAUCCAGGCUGUGGUCACCAUCCAGGCCUAUGCACGUGGCUACCUGGUGCGCCAUACCAUCAAGGUGUGGCACCAUGGGGCCAUUAUCAUCCAGGCUGCCUGGCGUGGCUACUGGGCACGGCAGGAUCUGGCCCGGCAUUCCAGAGCUGCCACGAUCAUCCAGGCUACCUGGCGAGGUUUCUGCAUCUACCGGGACCACACCCAGCCAACCCUGCCUGAGGGCAUGUGGGCCGAGAUGGGCAGCAGGGCCAGGUCAACAUCUAACCACCGCUGCUUUCAAUCCUGCUGGCCUCGGGUCUGCAUCCUCUGCCAAUCACUGAGUCUUGGGCCGGGAAGCCCACCGAGUGUGCUGAUGCUUGUGGGUUCCAGCCCGCGCUUAUGCCACGUGUGUGGCCGCACCCUGCCCACGCGGGUGGUGCAUGGCAUGGGCCAGGGUGCUGCAAGCCGGGUGGGUGGGCUAUGGGGCCGCACCAACCAGCCGAACACCUGGUGCCCCCACCAGCCCCAUCGCCAAAUCAGGGCAGCCACAACCAUCCAGUCCACCUGGAGGGGCUUCACUGUACGCCACUGGUUGAGGCAGCAGCAGGUAGCAGCCAAGGUAAUUCAAGCCAUCUGGCGUGGCCACCACACCCGUGCCUGCCUCACUACAGAUGCGCUCUUGGACUGGAACAAGCCACAGCACACCCAGUGACCUUGGCUGACUGGUGGGGGGUACAUCAGGGAAGGGGUCAUGUGGCUCUCUGGGUCUAAUGAAUAAAGCCCUCCACAGCCUGGGUCUUGGUCCACCUGUGUUCAUGGAAGCAUCUUGGGCAUGGUGGGGGUGGAAAUGGCAGGAUCUGGAUCAUCCUGAAUGGGAGGGGCCCCAGAGCCUCCAGCCACACAGUUGGCACCUGAAGUCUGUGCUUGGGAUGGGCACCACAAGCCCUUCCCCCAGGUCAGGGCUACCAGCAUGGAUUCAUACGUAUUCACCCAUGGCUAGCAGGGCGGCGUCCACGGUGCACUCCAGAAGUCAGUGUCUGGGGAGCUAGCCCUGAGUGACCGCCAUGAGUCCUUUGGCCCUAGACAAUCCUGUGGGUGUGCACGGGGUGCUUUGUUCAGGAAGUGCUAGAGGGUUACAGCCGUGUCCUGCUUUGGUGGGAUGCCAGGCCCAUGCCAAAAGGCCCCAGUCUGGGUGAGACAGAGCUGGUCACAGAUAUCCUCAGCCACAGGGUCAAGGUCAGGGCACAGAGGGAGGAGGCUGCCUCAGAGGGGGCAGCCUGACUGGAGGAGGGGCAGAGGGGGUGACAGGGUAGGUUUGGGGCAGCUAUGAAUAGGACCAGAGAGGGGAGGGGAACUGGAAGGGACUGGGGUGCUUGAGGGGAAUGGCAGAGUUUGAGGGCUUCACGGUUACGGUCUAAAAGAGGGGCUUUUAGGAGAGAUGGGGGUCAGAUGGUGGGGGUGUGUGUGGGAAUGGCAUCCCUGGAGAACUGUAGCAUCUCCCAGAGGCACCGCCUCUGCUUCGCCCCUGCGCAGGUUCCUGUGCCAUCAGCAGGGGGCGUGCACGCAGGUGUAGCAAGCAGGCACCUGGCCACUCACCUGUGCAAAGCCCGCCCAUCCACCUCCUCGCACCAGGAUGGCAGGAGCCCAGCUGCCUGAGCUCCCUGUGCUACUGAAAUUUCCUAGAGGCAUGUACAGUACUUCCACUGUUACCCCUACAGGUGAGGAGGGGGCCCAGCUUCCGGGGAGCUGGUGAGAGGCGUAUGACCCAGACACACACCUGGCAUCUGGAACCCUUCCCUCGGGCCACGUGGGUCUGCCAGUCCCCCACCUCCCAAGAAGGGCUGCUGCUUCUCUCAGAAGCAAGGCAGGGAGAUGGGGAGAACAUCUACAGUACCCCACACCUACACCCUCACCCCAGCUCUGAGGCUGCCAGUUCUGCCACCCCAGUGUGACCUGGAUCAUUGAGAGGCUGGUGACUGCCUCAUACCCAGUUUGAGGCUCCUUUUCAAA